AUGAGCCGGUUUCCCUCCGUCAAGAAAUUUCCAUUUAAGUCCCAGAAAGUCAUAAAACGGCGAAGACUCGGCAGUGGCGGCGGCGGCCCCAGUGUCUGGGAGAAAAGGAGAGACGUGUCUCGAGUCGGCACCGGCGGGUCCCCCAGCUCUGACACGCGGCGGCCUCGGGCCUGCAGCUCCCCGCGUAGCAGCAGGACCUCACAGGCGGCGCGGGGGACGGGAAGGAAGCCAGGCUUGGGGACUUCUCCCGACAGAGUGGACCCCCACACCCCUAAAGUGAAAGACAGCGAUAGUCAAGUUCAACCGCAGGAAGAGCAAGGUUCCACCAUGCGCCAGAGCAGACGGUGCCGAGGUAGUCACUCCCUGCGCCUCUUCCUUCCAGAAGCCCAAAGCCGAGGCACCCCCAGGCGAGAGUCUCCGCCCCCGGGAUGGACGCGCUCCUACCUCCCUCCUGCCCUCGCGCCCGGCAGCGACUUUCUGCUUCUGGCAGUGGCUCCACCUAAAGGCUUUACUGUUACUUUCCCUUGUCAUCGCUGUUAUUGGCGUGAAGCCCUCUGGCCGGCUCCCGGCCGCCGGCAGGGCCCCGCCUCCCUCCUUCCUUUCCCCGAGCCCCUCGGCACGGGCAAGACUCGGAGCCGCUCAUGCUCCCGCUGCCGGUGCGCCGACCACCGCGCCCCAGUCCGUCUGGAUCCCGAGACUCCCUCGCCGGCGCAGGAGAAGGAAAAACGACUCCACGGUGCUGUGUGGGGUCCCCGUCUCUGCGCAGCAGUCAUGCUCCAGGGAGGGGCUCUGUGGAUCCAGAUGCAGCUGAAACAGAACAACACAAAUGGAAAACGGAUCAUAGCCCUGGUGGAACAGGACAUCCUGACUGGUCACACUUCCUCCUUGCCUGCUUUCAACGCCUCUGCGCUGUCUUUGCUCUUCAUGCUCAGCUACGUUGCCAGUGCGCACAAGCCAGCAUCCCCUCCAGCCACUCCCAACUGCCCCUCUGGCUGUCAAAAUUUCUCUGAAGGUAGCAAUUAG